AUGUCCGAGUCUGAUUAUGAGGAAGAAUUGGGAGAAUCCAAGACUUUCCUAGGUUUUGUAGAUGUUCCUAUUUCUGAAACUGAACGGCCUGAAUUGGAGGACACUUUUAUUGGUGGCAAGCCUAUCUGGCUAAAUCCAAAAUCUCCACCACCAAACGAGUUACUUGAGUGCAAGAGCUGCAAAGAACCGAUGCAUUUGCUGCUCCAAUGUUAUGCAAACCUUGCAGACACUCUUUACGACAGGGUGAUAUAUAUAUUUGGGUGCGACAAGGCACGAUGCAGAAGAAAAAACGGAUCUGUCAGAGCUCUCAGAGCACUUUCCAAAGAUCCUGAUCUGAUCAAGAAAAGAGAACAGGAAUUAGAAGAGAUUGAGAACAAAAAGAAAGCAGCGCAGCAGAAGGAUGCAGAAACUAAAAGUAAGCUGGAAUCCCUUGCUAACAGCCUCUUCAACCCGUCCGACUCGACCAACGCGCAGUCGAAUCCGUUCUCAAAUCCUUUCGCUCAAGAAUCAUCCAAUCCGUUCGCACAACCUGAGACAAAGGAGUCCGCAAAACUAACUUACGCUGAGGUGACAAAGCCGGUGGAAAAGCCGCGGCCCCGGGUUAGCGCAGAGCCAGUGAAUCUCCCAGCUUAUCCUGGAUACAUACUGUAUGUUGAUCAGGAAGCCUUUGAUCUCAAGAAACAGAAGUUGCCUCCCCUUCCAGAGGUUGACGCAGCAGCCUCAGCCCAGAUCUCGCAACCAAAUCCUUCAAACCCAUCAAAAAUACCAACUGUGGAUGAAAACGUCUCCAAAAUUGUGGACGACCCGACAUUCCAGCAUUUCUCACAUAUUGUUUCAUUCAACCCUACACAAGUCCUUCGUUAUGAUCUCAAUGGCUCACCAUUACUGUACUCUUCCAAAGACGAUGUGGCCAAAUUGUUCUAUGAUUCCAACGGAAGACUCCGUCCCCAAGCAUUGAUCCCUAAUCCUCCCUACAAUCCUUCCUCUGAAAGAAGAUUUGAAUUACAGUUGAUGCCAAAAGCCAUUAUUGAUCUAGAGGCCGGAAAUGACGACAUAUUAAGCGGAAUGGAAUGGGGAACCAUCAUUGUUGCUACAGACUUGACGGAUUAUAUUCCCGACCAAUUGUACGACGAAAACCAUGUUGGGUACGUGGAAGAAUGGUGUGGAGUUCAAUGGGAAGAAGAAUUAAAACUAUAA